AUGGAGGGCGGCGAUACGAGGGGUGCGAUGCUAUCGCGGGAGUUGCUCGAGGCUCAGCUGGGACAGAUUGACCUUCUAACGGCCAUGUACCCUAUAGACGGCAGUGUGGUGUUGAGCGACUCCUCAGCAGCCUCCCUUCGAGUCCUGCGAGAGGCUCUAGACGAGGACUCUACAUCGCCUGUACCGGCGGACCUUGGCGAUAUCGACCUGCAGCUACAGUUGGAGAUCCCUUCUGAAGACAACGGCGACUUUCUCCGGACGGUGCAACUCAGCAUCACAGUUCCAUUGCACUACGGGCAAGUCGCGACUGAAGAAACGCCUCCAGCUCGGAUACGGCUACAACAGCCGUCCUGGAUGAGCAAAGCCGAGGCCACCAACUUGAUGGCCGAGCUGCCCAAAGACGACAACGACGACCUCUUUGCGACCAUUGAAGCCAUCACAACCGCCGCCUCUCUACACCACUCGCGCGCCGAGGAAGCAGCCGCCGCCGCCGCCGCCGCCAUCCCAACACACGCCGCCGCCGACGACGUCGAGGACCUGACGCGCGUGUGGUUCUACUUCCCGUCCAUCAGCACGCGCUCCAAGCGCGACGACCUCGUGCGGCACGCGCCCACCCACGGGCUCACCGGCUUCCUGCUGGCCGGCAAGCCGGGCCUGCUGUGCGUCGAGGGCUCCGCGCGCGCCGUCGACGCGUACAUGCGCGUCAUCAAAACGGAGAGCUGGGGCGACAUCCCCGCGCACCACAAGAAGGUGACGGAGCGGUACCGGGAGCGCCUCGGCGGCCCGGCGGCGCGGGCGUUCGCGGAGAUGCGCGAGAUCACGGGCGAGAUGGAGCGCCGCGGGGAGCGCGCCAACAGGAACGACAUGAGGGCGCUGGAGGCGUGGCUGGGCGAAAGGGGGCUGGGGGAGGCCUUUGCCAAGGUCCUCAUCUGA